CUCCGCCUGUGGGUCCGCUGCGCUCCCUCCAACCUCCCGCCUCAGCCCUGAGACCGCCCUCUGGCACCGCACCGCCCCGCUACAGCAACUCUCUUCGGCUUGCAAGUCCGGUGCGGCGGGAGACGGGGGUGAGCGGUAUGGUUCGCUCGCUCAACUCUAUCGUGGCCGUGUGCCAGAACAUGGGCAUCGGGAAGGACGGCAACCUGCCCUGGCCGCCCCUGAGGAAUGAGUACAAGUACUUCCAGAGAAUGACAAGCACAUCCAAUGUAGAAGGGAAACAGAAUGCACUGAUAAUGGGCAGAAAAACCUGGUUCUCCAUUCCUGAGAAGAAUCGGCCUUUAAAAGACAGAAUUAAUAUAGUGCUAAGCAGGGAGCUCAGGGAAAUCCCAAAAGGUGCACAUUAUCUUUCCAAAAGUCUGGAUGAUGCCUUAGCUCUUUUGGAUUCACCAGAGUUAAAAAAUAAAGUGGACAUGAUUUGGAUUGUUGGAGGUACUUCAGUUUACAAGGCAGCGAUGGAGAAGCCACUUAAUCAUCGAUUGUUUAUUACAAGAAUUUUGCAGGAAUUUGAAAGUGACACAUUUUUUCCAGAGAUUGACUACAAGGACUACAAACUUCUCACUGAAUACCCAGGUGUCCCUGCUGAUAUCCAAGAAGAGAAUGGGAUCCAGUACAAAUUUGAAGUUGGACAGCAAUUUCCAUUUGGCAGUAGGAAGCUGAUGUUUUCAGUAGCGUUAUGGCCAUGGUGUAUUUAAGGACAGAACUGGGAACAUUCCAACAACACAUCUCUGACAUGGAGAGCAAUCCAUGGAGGAGAAAGACCUCUCCAGUGAUGACUGUAGAUCACCAACAUAAUCUCACUUCAUUAUACAAGCAAGCAUCUGUACCCACUACAUUUAAUAAAAGAUUUUUGAGAAACA